AUGACUGGAACCUGGCGAGAGCAAGGUGAAGCUAAGCGCCAGUCAACCUUGAAAUUGAUCCCCUCCAAAUGGCGAUUGGAAGAUCCCAUCCCUCCAGCUACAGAGCUGCGCGAUGUGACUGGAGAUUAUAUUCGACGGUUCCUCACCGCGCGUGAGAUCGAGAUCACAGAGACAGACGCAGUGGAUAUAAGCAGUCGCACUACCACCGGUACCUGGACAUCUCUUGAGGUCACAGAGGCCUUCUGCCACAGAGCCGCUCUUGCUCAUCAACUCGUCAGCUGUCUUCACGAGAUCUUCUUUGACGCAGCCAUUGAAGAUGCCAAACGGCAAGACGAACACUUCGCAAAGCACAAAGCCCCGAUCGGUCCACUGCAUGGCCUGCCAGUCAGCCUUAAAGACCAAUUCCACAUCAAAGGCGUUGAGACCACCAUGGGCUAUGUUGGUUGGGUCAAUACCUUUGAAGGCAGACCGAACGAUCCCCGCAGCAAGACCGAGGAGAGUGAGCUGGUGCGUGAGCUGCGGUCUCUAGGCGCAGUUCUCUACUGCAAGACCAGUGUGCCCAGCACCCUCAUGUCUGGCGAGACCGUUAACAAUAUAAUUGGCUACACAUGGAACCCCAAGAACCGGCUCCUGUCCUCUGGCGGCAGCUCAGGCGGUGAGGGUGCUUUGAUUGCACUGCGUGGCUCCCCCGGCGGCUUUGGGACCGACAUUGGAGGCAGUGUGCGUAUCCCUGCCGCUUUCAAUGGUUUAUAUGGGCUCCGGCCCUCGGCGGGUCGGAUCCCAUAUCAAGGAGCGGCCAAUUCAAUGGAUGGCCAGGGAACCAUCCUGUCAGUCAUUGGACCACUUGCCCCAACGGCGAGGUCAUUGACGCUGUUAUUCAAGGCGGUUCUUCAGCAGCAGCCUUGGCUCCAUGAUCCCCUUGCAUUUGAGCUUCCCUGGCGGGAUGAGAUCGUUGAGAAUACCAAGGCGUUGAUUGCCAAGUCUCAGACCGAUCCGUCAACAUUAUCCUUCGGUCUUAUGAAGUAUGACGGCGUUUGCCCUAUCCAUCCCCCGAUUGCUCGCGGUUUGGACAUCGUAGAGAAAACCCUCCAGCGACUGGGCUGUCGGGUGAUUGAAUGGAAGCCGCCGGCGCACUCAAAGGCAGUGGAACUGGCCCGUGUGAUAUAUGAGAUGGAUGGCGGACUUGACUUCAAAUAUCAAUUUGGUCUUUCCGGUGAAAGUCAAGCUGCGCAAGUGAUUGUACCCGAAAAUGGCACCGAGCUUAAAGCAUCGGAAAUUGCCGCACUCAACGUCGCCAAGCGCGAAUAUCAGAAAGAGUAUAUCGAUUACUGGAGCAGCACCGCCGAGCUGACAGGCACUAGCCGUCCUGUCGAUGCAUUCCUCUGCCCAGCAGCACCACACGCGGCAGUGAUCCCGACUCAGUACAAGUACGUUGGGUACAGUGCUUUUGUCAAUUUGCUGGACUACACCAGUAUCUCGCUGCCGGUCACUUUCGCGGACAAGAAGAUUGAUGUGCGUCCUGCUGAUUGUCAGAGUGACGAUACUGGAAACAUCCAGUGGGAUUAUGACGCUGAGACGUACGAUGGUGCCCCGGUGGGAAUUCAGUUAGUAGGAAGACGGUUCUCAGAGGAGAAGAUAUUGACAUUGGCCGAGUAUCUGGGUGGAGAGAUUGCUCGAUAUGGGAAUUGA